GCCGAGGCGGUCUCGUCGCGCGUCGGGUCGGGCGCCCGGCGCCGGGACGCGGAGCGGGAGCCUCCGAGCUUAUUCAUGCGGCAUUUUGGUAUGCCAGGAACCCAAAGUAAGAUCAUUGAAGGCACUAAACUGAAAUAAAAUAGGAAGAUCAUCAGCUGAUAAUGACCUCCUGGAGAAAGCAUAUCCUCUUCUGAGGAACUUCUAACUGCCUUGGUGACUGGAACUGAUCCCCCUCCUCCACUUCCUGCCCUUUGCUGACCUGCAGGGAGUAGCCUGCUUUUUGCCUUUCCCUGGGCCCCACGGGAUGGAAAAUAAAGCAAAGCAGUAUUUUAUCGUCUAUAUUUCAGCAGGCCUUCUGAAGUUUAACUAAAAAUAUGACUCUGCUUUCUUCAGAGAACUGCUCUUCUCAGUACCAGUUACAUCAAACAAGUCAGCUCCUAGAUGGUAACUGUCUGCUAAUCUUGAUUAUACUUGGAAAAAUAUUAUUAAAUAUCCUCACACUGGGAAUGAGAAGAAAAAACACCUGUCAAAAUUUUAUGGAAUAUUUUUGCAUUUCACUAGCAUUCAUGGACCUUUUACUCUUGGUAAACAUUUCCAUUAUAUCCUAUUUCAGGGAUUUUGUACUUUUAGACAUUAGGUUUACUAAAUACCACAUCUGCUUGUUUACUCAAAUUAUUUCUUUUACUUACGGCUUUUUGCAUUAUCCAGUUUUCCUGAUAGCUUGGAUAGAUUAUUAUCUGAAUUUUUCUAAAACCAACCUUCCAUUUAAGUGUCAGAAAUUAUUUUAUUUCUUUACAGUAAUUUCAAUUUGGAUUUUAGUGUUUGCUUAUGUUUUGGGAGAUCCAGAUAUCUACCAAAACCUGAAGGCACAGAAUGUUUAUCCUUAUCAAUGUCCUUUCUACGUCAGCAUUCAAAGUUACUGGCUGUCAUUUUCCAUGGUGAUGAUUUUAUUUAUGGCUUUCAUAACUUCUUGGUCAGAAGUUAUUACCUUGGUACAGGCUAUUAGGAUAACUUCCUACAUGAAUGAGACUGUCCUAUAUUUCCCCUUUUCAUCCCAUUCUAGUUGUACUGUGAACUCUAAAAAAACACUCUUGCCCAAGUUCAUUGUCUGUUUUCUCGGUACAUGGUUACCGUUUGUACUACUUCAAAUAAUUAUCCUUUUAUUUAAAGUACAGAUUCCAGCAUACAUUGAGAUGAACAUUCCGUGGUUGUACUUUGUCAAUAGUUUUCUCAUUGCUACAGUUUACUGGUUUAAAUGUCACAAGUUUAAUUUAAGAGACAUUGCAUUACCUGUGGAUCCAUUUGUCAACUGGAAAUGCUGCUUCACUGCACCUGCAAUUCAUGAUCCUGAGCAAAUUGAAAAGCCUACAUCAAUUAUAACUUGUUAACAUGUUGCCGUGUUAAAACUUACAACUGUGGUAUUUUCAAAGGAGAAAAAAUAACUUGGGGCAUACCAAGACUGAACUGAACUGAAGUCUCCCUCAACCGUCUCAAUGUGUAUUUUGGGGCUGUGAUAUUAUUUGUCUUUUUGUUUGUUUUUAAACAAAAUAAUUCCAAGAAAAAAUGUUAUAUCUGUUCAGGAAAAUUGCAUGUUACAAAUAUUAACAUAGAAGUGAAAUGAGUUAACAUUUGGCCAUACUGAUGUUUCUGUUAUCCAAAAAACUACUGGAUGCAAACUGUUAUGUAAAUCUGAGAUUCGCUGCCAACUUUUAUACAAACUUAAAUAAACAUUUUUAUUUAAUCCACAGCAAUAAAAUCAA